AUGUGGAGCGCCAGAGCAUCAGCUCAUGCUCCUCCUCGCUGCCGACGGCAGAUGCUCAGGCAGAAUUCCAAAGUUGUCGUAGGGUCGCACGAGGUGGUCGUCGAGGAGCGCGGCAAGCUGGUUACAAGCGAGACACGGUGCGGUGAGUGCGGAGUGGCAGCGACAGCGACAACCUCACCGGCCGACAUGGGUAAGGACAAACCUCCAGAGGAGGCGACCAAGGCCAAGAAUUUGGCACCGGCGCUGCAGUCGUUCGCGUCGGUGUUCACGGACAUCGCGGACAUGGUGCUCAUGGUUCUUGCGAGGUCUUGCAUUCUCGAGGGAGUUGAAGCUAUCCUACAGGACACUGGAGCUUCGAGAUGGACUCACGCACCGCAGAGAACGGCCAUGGAACAGAAGAGAACAUCAUGGAGGUGGAGUGUCAGGACCUGGACCAUGGCAAUGAUGCGCUGGGCUCAUCGCCACGGCUUACCGCACUCCUCGACGGCCACCUCGUGCGACCCGGUGAUAACUUUGGAAUUCCGCCUAGCAUCCGCCAUCGGCAGCGAGGAGGAGCAUGAGCUGGUGCUGGCGCUCCACAUCGAACAGGGGAGGACCAGGACCCAGCAUCUUUCAGCAGCAACAACACACCUCGCCGCGGGAUGCCGUGGGGAGGCGCCCCAAGAAGCGACGCGCGGGGACGGCAACGGGGACGAGAAUGAUCCAUCCCUAAACUCGAGCCCCGACGGCGUCAUGCUGGCCAUCCUUGCUGCCGCCGCCGCCGCUGAGGAGACCGAGCCCGCGACGCCCACCGAGGUAGCGGCGACGGAGAAGAAGCGUAGGGAAGAAUGCCUACAGAGGUUACAGAACGGGAUAGAAGUUCAGUAUGAUAGUGCAAACAGAGAGCAUCAGGUUGAUAGCUGGAGCGCAGAGCCUCCACCAGCACCACAGCCAAGCCAAGAGGAGAGGCACAGCGGCUUCUGGAAGCUUCCCUCUCAUCCGGUUGCGGUUCCAAAUCGCCGCGGCUCCUCCGCCCGCAGCGCCGCCAGUCAGGCAGGUGUCGUCUCUGGCCCUGCCGCCCGCCCCGCCCUCGGUCAUAUGAUUGCACUGAAUCCUGAGAUCGUACUACCGUCUUGGAAACAAAUGGAGAACGGAAGUGGUGCGGUUGUACCUUCUAAUUCUUCAGAUAGGUCCGACAGGUCUGACAAACCUUUGGACCAAAAGACAAUGCGACGGCUUGCCCAGAAUCGUGAGGCAGCAAGAAAAAGUCGGCUGAGGAAAAAGGCAUAUGUGCAGCAGCUGGAGAGCAGUAAGCUGAAACUUGCACAACUGGAGCAGGAACUCCAGAAAGCUCGCCAGCAGGGAAUCUUCAUUUCCAGCUCUGGAGACCAAACCCAUGCCAUGAGUGGAAAUGGAGCAUUGACUUUUGACAUAGAAUAUGCUAGAUGGCUAGAGGACCAGAAUAAGCAGAUAAAUGAGUUGAGGACUGCAGUGAAUGCUCAUGCAAGUGACAGUGAUCUACGACUUAUUGUAGAUGGCAUACUGGCACAUUAUGAUGAAAUAUUCAAGGUCAAAGGUGUUGCUGCAAAGGCUGAUGUAUUUCAUAUACUUUCAGGCAUGUGGAAGACACCUGCUGAAAGGUGCUUCCUGUGGCUUGGGGGUUUUCGUCCAUCUGAGCUUUUAAAGCUCCUAGCGAAUCACCUCGAGCCCCUAACUGAGCAGCAAAUGCUGGGUUUGAACAACCUCCAGCAAUCUUCCCAGCAAGCAGAGGAUGCGUUGUCACAGGGCAUGGAAGCACUGCAGCAAUCUUUGGCAGAGACUUUAGCUGGAUCUCUUGGUCCAUCAGGUUCUUCAGGAAAUGUGGCAAACUACAUGGGUCAGAUGGCCAUGGCCAUGGGCAAACUUGGGACACUCGAGAAUUUUCUUCGCCAAGCCGACAACCUGCGACAGCAGACAUUGCAUCAAAUGCAACGCAUUCUAACGAUACGACAGGCUUCUCGUGCUCUUCUUGCCGUCCAUGACUACUUUUCGCGGUUGCGUGCUUUAAGUUCUCUGUGGCUUGCUAGGCCGCGCGAAUAA